AUGUCGACCCAGUCGCUCCCCCCAUUGCCCCAGGUCGGGAAGCUCGUCAGCGUGGUUCCUGUCGGAUUGAAAGAAGCAGCUCUUGAUUCGCCGACCUUCCGAGCUACCACCCUUCAUUUCGCCGACCAGAUCGAAUUCAUAGAAAAAUGGCUCGACGGUUACGCGAAGGCCGCAUCCAAACUCACCUCAGAGCUAGCGGCUUUGGAGAAUGCAGUGGGCGCAUUUCUCUCCUAUUCCAUGAAUCCUCUUAUGGUUUCGGAAGCCGUUCUCGACCAUGAUUAUACUCUGCAGUCAAUGAAAAGAUGUGGGGACAGCUCUAAAGAUCUUUGGAAUGGCCUGGUUACUACUACCAGGAAGCUGGACACCCUGGUCGCAGAUCCCAUAAAAUCGUUUAUACAGGAGGAUUUGCGAAACUUCAAGGAGACCCGUCGCGUUCUCGAUCAGACACAGAAACAAUACGACUAUCUUCAAGCUCGAUACGCCUCACAGUCCAAGUCAAAGGAAUCAUCGUCCUUGAGGGAAGAUGCCUUUCAGCUCCAUGAAGCUCGCAAAGCGUAUCUCAAAGCCUCCAUGGACUAUUCCGUGCAAGCCCCGCAAGUACGCAACGCUUUGGAUCGGCUGUUGGUUCGCGUCUCCUUCGACCAGUGGCGCGAAUUUAAGAUCUUUCACAAUCACAACGGCGCAGCAUUUGGGAAAUGGGGCCAAGAGAUGGAACGUAUCAAGGGAUGGAUGCAUGAAAUGGAUGGAAGCGAAAGGUCCUCUAAACGGGAAUUAUUGUCCGCCAGAAAGCAAAUUGAGGAGGCUGCGGAAUUCGCGGCAAGGCCAUCCCGUGAGCUGGACGACUACUCCAUUUCAACUGUCCCCUAUCUUGGGUCUCGCCCUAUAUCCUCUCUUGAGAUGACCAAAGAAGUCAGGCCCGAAAAACAGGGCUGGGUCAGUCUCCGAACGCUUUCGGGAAAGCCUACUCGUACUAUCUGGGUCAGGCGCUGGGUUUUCUUGAAGAAUGGAAUAUUUGGAUGUCUUGUACAGGGGUCCCGAACUGGCGGCGUGGAGGAAAGCGAAAGGAUAGGCGUUUUGCUUUGUAGCGUUCGUCCAGCUUUCCAGGAGGAGCGGAGGUUUUGCUUUGAGGUCAAAACAAAAAGCAACAGCAUAGUGCUGCAGGCCGAAACACAGAAGGAACUUAUGGACUGGAUAGCUGCCUUUGAAGCCGCCAAGCGCAAGGCGCUGGAGAACCCAACCAGCACUGACAUUUCAGUUUCCGGAAAGACCACAGCUCAAGAUCCGGCCUUUGCAAUCUCUCAGCCACCGGCUCCCGAAUUCGCCGCUGAUCCGUCUGAUUCUCUUCUGCCACAUACGAGCGAUGAACAAGCCCCCUCCGAUCGCAGUGGUAUUCUUUCUGUUCCAGAACGUGAAGCAUAUGCACUACGGCCCAGUGGCGACUACACAAACUCUAGGCGGAAUACCGCAGCGGAGUCGGAAUCAUCUGCACGAGAACAUACAUCGAGACUUAUUCAAAAAUUAGAUUUGCAUCGCAAGCCGAACAACCAAGCGCAACCGGCUCCUUCACUGCCGGGUGCUGGUGGCGGCAUAGCUAGUCUCAUAUCUGCUAGCCACAGUGCCUUUCAAAAUUUUCAACCGGACAGUGAAGCGCAUAGGGGUCGUAGCUUGAGCAACCGCAACGGCCCUCCUUCGACGCUUGCACCUUUUACAUUAGCUAACCCACCUGCCCCCACAAGCAUGAGCAAGGUAGCGGUGCUCGUGAGCAAUGAAAGAGGUCUCGGCUUAGGACAUGCAGAUAGCACAGGAGGGAUGCCUAGUGGUAUGAUGGCGAAUCUGUGGGGAAGCUCGAACUGGGGCUUUGUGAACAGCUUCAUGUCGGAACGCAUAGGGCAAUACGGUCCUGACCAGGACUCUACACGUCCAUCUUCUCCCAUGAGUGAUUCAUCGAAAAACACGAUCACAUCAGAAGCUGAAACUUCAAGCGCGUCGAAGCAGAUGUCUGGUCCGCGCCAUAGACAGACAGUAAGUCUUGACGGGGAUGCUUCUAAAGUACAAAGAGCAGCUCUGGGAAUUACGCACGAGUAUCCUAGCUUCUAUCCUCAACCGCUUAAAACCCAGGAUGCCCAGUUCCGACUCCUGUUCCCGAACGUCAAGAAAGAAGAACCCCUGGUUAUGGUUUUCAGAGCCACAUGGAGUCCCAAUGACCAGCAAGAGUUCCCUGGCAGGGCUUACACCACUACCCGAAACCUGUAUUUCUACAGUCAUCACUUCGGACUAGUGUUGACAACACACAUGCCACUGGAAAACAUCAAAGAAGUAACGGCUGCUCCUGGAAGAGACUGUGAUUUCUUAUUUCUGCAUACCAUGCCAAAGCUAGGCGACGAUACGCCGGGUCGAAUUGCUGUAAAAACCUUCCUCGAGCCACUCAAACUUCUUCAGAGAAGACUCAACUUCUUGAUUCAAGAUGCAACAGCUGUUGAGCCCUUAGAAUUGGAGGCAAUCUUCAAAGCCCUGAUCAAAAUGGAGAAAGACAUACCGACAAGAACACCGAGUCUGGAUAGCUGGGAAGAUUUGGCCGCCAUCGACAAAAAGGGUAGUGGAGAAGAUGCUAAUGGCCCCAGGAAAGAUUUGCGAGCACCCAUCUAUAUCGACAAAGAUUUAGAUAUGAACCCACGAAAGUCUGAUAAAGAAGGGAUAAAGUUCAGAUUACCAACGCAGCCUGUGCAGUACGUCCCUCAAGGCGAUCUUCAACUUGCCACAGAGAAGGUGCUCGAUGUUAGUCCUAAGGCACUAUUCCAUAUUCUUUUCGGAGACAAGAGUGCCGUGUGGCAGCUUCUCUUACAUGAACGUAGAGCUCGGGACAUAAAACAAGGGCCGUGGGUCAAUAACGAAUCUCUCUACUUAAGACGAGACUUUGAGUAUCAGAUCGAAACGACGGAUGUUUUUGGACGCACCGAAGGAAAGCCAAUUCUAGAUUAUCAGAUAAUUGAUGUUCUUAACGAUCACUUGUGCUACGUGAUCACUGACAAGCGAACCCCUUGGCAUCUUCCCUUCAAACGGUCCUUCAGGUUGGUCAGUAAGAUUGUGAUUACAUUUGUCUCCAAGUCGAGGAGCAAACUUGCAGUCUACACGAAGGUCGAGUGGGUAUGGACUCCCUAUGGCCUCAAAAGUGUCAUCGAUAAGCAGGCAAGUGCAGAUCUAGAACAAGAUGCUUUAGAUCUGGUCGACCUGGCCAGUGAUCAAGUACGAAGGCUUGGCGCACAUAGUCGAACUAAAAAGGCCAUUUCCAUAUUUGGUCAUGUCGGACGCCAAAACCAGAUUUCUCAAUUCUCGGAGAAUGGGACGAAUUUGAAAUUGGAGUCUAGCAGACCUCGAACCCAGAGAACAUUAUUUGAAAUGCUACUCGAAACGUUCCUCUCCUUCGGUGAGACGGCGGUCUCAGCGGUGAUGAUUUGGAUCCUCGCUGUCUUUCGCUGGAUCUGGAAGACUACGAGUGCGAACAAGGUCAUUCUGGUUCUGCUCUUAUCAAGUGUUCUCAUUAACGGACUAUAUUCUUCACGGGAUGCCUAUGAUUGGUGGCAGGAACGCAACGCAGGGAACUUCAUGGCUCGCCUGGGCGUCCACCCUGACAAUGUAAUGAGCAAGGCUAUCUACAUGAAGGAUCUAGAUGAGGCAAUCGCAAAUUCGACCGUUGGAAAGGUCAGCAAUAACGCAACUGACUGCUUCGCCACCUUCCAAGCGCAGGGAAUGCAAGACCAGUCUUUCUCCCUCGGUGUGUCUAGAUCAAAGGACGCAGCGACCAGAAGUGCAACCAGGCGAUUCCAGCAGACCCGUGAACGCCUGGCCAUGUACCGGCACAACUUGCUGGUAGCACUCCGGGUGGUGAACAGUAUUGAGAAGGAGGUUGUCCAGAACGAAUGGGAACGUUGGCUCCGACAAGAAAUCAAACGCUGUCGACAGGUUGAGGUUCUCCUUGGAAAGAACGUUGAGAGGGAUGGGGUCGAUGAGCAGGUGGACCGAACGGGCCAAACUGUCUUUGCCGAACUGACUGAUGAUGUGAGGGAAUGGUACGAUAAGUACUGUACCAGUUGCCAUCAGGAACAAGAGCAGGUUGCCAAAAACCCUCGUGGUUAUGGAAUCUCAUGA